AUGCCCAAUCACUUGAAGAAAACUCUGUUUUCCACAGCUGCUAUUGUAAGUUUUGUUUCUGUAAUCCUGCUGACUGUGGCACUGGGGACAACACGAUGGGUGACUGCUUCUAUGCUGUGCAAAACUGGGGCUGACAUUGUAAAUGCCACUGAUCCAGAGAUGGCAAAGUUUAUGGGGCACCUUUACUAUGGACUAUUCCAGGGACGAAAAAUACGACACUGUGGUCUUGGAGGACGGUGCUCUAAAAUCACAAUUUUUCCACAGUUGGUGAAAACGGUGAAUGCAGCUGUUCAUGUUUUGGUUAUAUUUUUUAUCUGCCUAGCAAUUGCUUUUGCUUUGGUCAGUUUUGGGUUUUGUAUUUACAAUGCAGUGAAAAUUCCUUACCAAGCCAUAAAAGGACCAAUGGGUAUCUACCUCUGGAACUCAAUUGCAAGUCUGUGUGGACUGUUUGCAAUUGUUUGCUUUAUUGCUGCUGUGAAGCUUCAUCAGCAUACAGAACGAAUUGCCAAUUUUCGUGAACGUGUUUUUAAAUUCAUUAUCCUUCAGGAAUACUUUGGCACCUCCUACUGGCUGUGCGUGGCAAGUGCUAUUUUGCCUUUAGCAAACAUUUUAGUGGUCAGCAUCAGUGGAGUGCAUUUCCCAAAGUUAAAGACCAAAACAGAGGAAGCAAAUGUCACACCUGAAGACCUAAUGUAUUAG